AUGGAAUCUACAAAUGAGUAAAGAGAGUGUUUUGUUUUAUGGGUGAGACAUGGUGAAAGGGCUGAUAAUCUCUACAUCUAGAAUUUAUUUUGCAGACAAAAUACGGGAAUAGAAUAUAAAUUUGAUCCACCACUUACAUAAAAAGGAAAAUAAUAGGCUUAAUUUGCAGGUUAGAGAAUAAAAGAAUAUAUCAGGGAUGGUGGAUAUUAAGAGGCAAAGGCUAAGAUUAUAUCAUCUCCAAUGCUUCGAACAUUGUAAACAGCAGCUUAUUUAGCAAAUGGACUCUUUGAAAAUAAUACUUCUGAGAUUAUUACUAACUCAUAAUUAUGUGUGAAAUUAAAACCAGGUCUUAAGUAAGAUCCCUUAAAAAAGGGAACAUAUAAGUAAAAAGAAUAGGAGUUGAUAUCUAAAUAUUUAGAUGGGAUGAUAAAAAAUAUACAAUAAGAUGAACUUAUGAAUUUAUCAAAUCCCUCAUUUCCUGAAGAUAAUGAGGUUUUUAAUGAUCGAUAUCUUAAGGGUUUCAAAGAAAUUAUAAACAACCAUUUUAUUUUAGAUGCUGAGUAAAGUAAAAAGUAAGUACUAAUUCUAGUAUCUCAUCAUAAGGCCAUAAAUCUUUUACUCAAAAUGUAUAAUAAAAAGUUGAGAUACAAUGGGCCAAGUUAUUGUGCAACUCUCGGAUUUAGAGUAGUACCUGAUGAAAAUAGCAAGGAUGGAUUUAAGAUUACUCAUACUAAAGUAUUUUAUAAGUGA